UAAAUGUGUAGGUUCCACUUGCCGUUGGAUCGUCCUCCUCUUCUUCCAUUUCUUUUACUUGUGCAACAGCAGAUCUACCAUUUCUUCUACAGUGAGCUCAACUUCUCUUCUACUGAGCUCUGUUAAAGGGGGCAAUGUCGUCAUUGGGAGCUUCAGUUUCAGCCAUUUUUAUACUCUGCUUAUGCUCACUUCACUUUACAAAAGCUUCACUUCACGACUAUUCCUCCGAGAAAUUCGCAAGCAAAGGCAAUGUAUUCGUAGUCCAUGGAGGUAGCGAAGGAAUUUACGCUUCUAACCCUAAACUCAAUCAAUCUUCUACCUCUGCUUCAGAUGGACACUCUUUUAUUCGCUUUGAGAAGAUUAUAUUCCGGAGACCUGAAGAAUUUUCAAACUUUAGCUCAGGAUCAAUUCAUGCAGUUGUUUUUGAGGUGGAUGACCGAGAGACAAUCGGAGGCUCUGCCUAUGGGGGGCAAAGAGCUGUUUGUUGCACAGAAGAUCUUGCAAAACUGGGAGUUUGUAUACAAGGGGAAAUAAUUCACCGCCCAUCUACUAAUAAUCCUGGUUGGCCUAAAGUAUUUGGUGCCUCUUUUGGCAUUGAUGAGCUUGAAGCAAAACUGCAGCUGAGAACAAUACAUAUUACAAAAACUGGAAUGUAUAAUGUGUAUUUUAUGCACUGCGACCAUAAUCUUAAGGAAGUUGUUGUUGAAGGGAAGACCAUAUGGAAAAAUCCUACCGGUUACCUACCUGGUAGAAUGGCCCCACUUAUGAAUUUCUAUGGGUAUAUGUCUCUUAUGUUUGUGUUACUUGGGAUCUUUUGGUUUUCUCAGUAUGCGAGAUUCUGGAGAGAAGUUCUUGCUUUACAAAAUUGUAUUACUCUCGUCAUAACGUUGGGCAUGUUUGAGAUGGCAUUAUGGUACUUUGAUAAUGCUGAAUUCAAUGAAACCGGAGUCAGACCAACUGGGAUCACUGUAUGGGCUGUUACCUUUGGUGCAGUAAAGCGCACAGUUGCUCGUUUGAUUAUUCUGAUGGUCUCUAUGGGGUAUGGUGUUGUUAGACCUACCCUUGGUGGUCUUACAUCCAAGGUCCUUUUGCUUGGAGGAACUUUCUUUCUGGCAUCAGAAGUGCUUGAACUGGUAGAAAACGUUGGUACUGUUAGUGAUUUCUCAGGAAAAGCAAGGUUGUUUUUUGUACUUCCUGUGGCAAUCUUGGAUGCUUUCUUUAUCCUAUGGAUAUUCACUUCCCUUUCUGCAACUUUGAAUAAACUUCAGGCUAGAAGAUUGUUGGCCAAAUUAGACAUAUACCGGAGGUUCACAAAUGCUUUAGCUGUGGCAGUUAUUGUUUCUGUUGGUUGGGUAUGCUAUGAGCUGUAUUUUAAGUCCACUGAUGUGUACAAUAAGCGAUGGCAAAAGGCCUGGAUUAUUCCUGCAUUCUGGCAAGUGUUGUCUUUUUCUCUCCUCUGCGUCAUCUGUGCUCUUUGGGCUCCAUCUCAAAACUCCAUGAGAUAUGCCUAUUCUGAUGAUAGUGAAGAGUUUGAUAAGGAUAUCACGUUGACGCUCAUAAAACCCUCCCCUCUGCCAACAAAGGAUGAAAGAAGUCCAUCCGAAGUGAAAUCAACGUCUGGUGGAGAUGGGACAUCUAAUGGUGGUGAUGUAGAAGAAGACAAGACGGAGUAGAGUAUAUAUCUAUAUGUAUUGUUCAUACUAUUGUAACGAUAAACGUCAUACGAAAAGAGUAAUUGCUGAUAGAAUCUUGUAACUUGGUUUUCUCUGUGCAAAUAUUAUUGAAGGAGGGAUCAGUUAAAAGCCAGGUAAUAAUAGUUGAUUCUUAAUAAGAUAGGGAAAUUGUUUCUUGCCUA